AGAGCACAGUGACAGCAGAGCAGAGCGCGUCUGCUGAGGAUCAUCACCUGAUCAUUUCUCUGUUUUGUGGAUUUACUGCGUCUCUGGCUCUGCGCGUAAAGCUGCACCUGUGCGUAAAACAAAAUGGGAAAUCUCCUGCGCCCUGAGAAGACCGUGUGACUGGGAAUGAGUUAAAGUGAAAACUUUGGAGCAUCUGAAAUCAUGAACCCCACCGAGGCGCCGCGCAGGUUCCAGCCGCCGACCAUCCCGUCCAUAAUGUUCAUUUUUGGGGUGGUAGGAAACGUCAUUGCCAUCGUUGUGCUCCGCAUAUCCCGCAAGGAGCAGAAGGAGACGACUUUCUACACUCUGGUGUGCGGGUUGGCGGUCACAGACCUGCUGGGGACGCUGCUCGUCAGCCCCGUUACCAUCGCCACUUACAUGAAGGGCGCGUGGCCCGGAGAGGAGCCUUUGUGCCAAUAUUACGCGUUUAUUCUGCUCUUUUUCUUCUUGGUGCAGCUCGGUAUCGUGUUUGCUAUGUCUGUUGAGCGGUACCUGGCCAUUAACCACGCACUAUACUACAACCAGUAUGUGAACCAGAAACUGGCUGCGGUCACUCUUUUGGCCAUUUACGUGUUCAGCGCGUUCACGUGCGCAAUGCCCAGUUUGGGGCUGGGACAGGUCAAACUGCAAACACCCGGGACAUGGUGCUUCAUAGACUGGCACAGUAAUGACACCUCCACUGCCACUUAUAACCUGGUGUACGCCGGGCUGAACUCGGUCAUAGUGCUGGCCACUGUCACCUGUAACGUGCUCGUGUGCGGCGCGCUCAUUGUGAUGCACAAGCGCUUCAUCCGCCGCACAUCUCUGGGCGCAGACCCCAGGCGCGCAGCGGAGAUCAGGAGCAGCAGGAGAAGCUUUCGCAGACUGGCAGGGGCUGAGAUUCAGAUGGUUAUUCUCCUCAUAGCCACAUCUGCAGUGGUUUUGAUCUGCUCCAUACCUUUAGUGCUACGGAUCUUUGAAAACCAGAUGCACCAAAAGGAGAAUCCUCGCUUCGACCUUCUGGCCGUGCGCAUGGCGUCCAUCAAUCCUAUUCUCGAUCCCUGGGUCUACAUUCUGCUACGGAAGACUGUGUUUCUCAAACUCAUGGAGAAAAUAAAGUGCGUGUUCUGUAAAAUGGGGGGCCGUGGCCGCAGAGGAGGUGGCAGGUUUCGUUGUGAGGAUGGACGCCUCUCUUCCUCCAUUGUUUCCCGGGACUCUCCGUCUCUAGUGACCCGUGACUUAAGGGAGUUUGCGAGCACCUCACAGAUCUGCCUGCACACCCUGGAGAGAACUUCACUGCACUCAUGCUCUGGAGGGACGGCCGGAGACGCGGGGUCACCAUCUGGUUCACCAACAGACACAAAGGCCAGCGCUGUGGAGGAGGUCAGGGGCGUAGGGAGGGGGUUUUUAGGAAAGGACACAGAGGAUGCAUUCCACAUAAAGGAAGUUCCUGUUGACUCCAUGCUGUAUGUCACCUUCACUGAUGAGUCCAACGACGUUCAGGAAAAGUGCAUCUAGGCUCAAAGUUGAAUGAUGCAAACAGAACACUGA